CUCUCGAUUUCCACAUUUUUGACACUUCUGCCCGUGCAUCGGAUCUCCCCCGGCUGGCAGGCUAUCAAUUAUAUCCCCCACGGCGCCUUUCCCCUCCUUCCCUCCCCCUUCCCCCUUCUCCUUUCCCCUUUUCUCCUCCUCCGCCAUUCUAAACAUUUCUUUAUAUAUAUAUAAGAAAAAAAAGAAGGAUCAUCAUCUUUGUAAUAGUAAUAAUAGUAAUAAUCAUGGGCUCUCUCCCUCCUCCCCUUCCCUCGUCGUCGUCGUCGUCGUCGUCGUCUCCGGCGAAGAUCACGGAGGGGGAGCUGGGCGCGCUGUUCGAGACGCAGAGGGGGAUACUCGACCACUUCUUCGAGCGGCUCGACCUCUCGGAGGCGGCGGCGUUCGCGCAGGCGCUCGUCGACGCGCCGGGGGCCGUCUUCUUCUCAGGCGUCGGCAAGUCCGGGCUCGUGGCGCGGAAGCUCGCGCAGAGCCUCGCGUCGCUCGGGCUCGUGCGCGCGUCCUUCCUCGCCCCCGUCGACGCCCUCCACGGCGACCUCGGCGCCCUCUUCCCCGGCGACCUCCUCGUCCUCCUCUCCAAGUCCGGCGCCUCCGACGAGCUCCUCGCCCUCGCCCCCUGCGCCCGCGCCAAGGGCGCCGCGCUCCUCGCCCUCACCUCCGCGCCCCGCUCCCCGCUCGCCGCGCUCUGCGACCGCGGCGUCGUCCACCUCCCCCUCCUCCGCGAGCUCUGCCCCUUCGGCCUCGCCCCGCUCACCUCCGCCGCGCUGCAGAUGCUCUUCGUCGACACCGUCGUCGCCGCCGUCAUGGCCGCGCGCCGCCUCACCAGGGACCAGCUCGCCGCCAACCACCCCGCCGGCAAGAUCGGCAAGAGCCUCAUCUUCAAGGUAAAAGAUGUCAUGAAGAAGAAGGAAGAUCUUCCCAUAAGCAAGGAGGGAGAUAUGAUAAUGGACCAGCUUACGGAGCUGACGAGUAAAGGUUGCGGAUGUUUGCUUGUUGUUGAUGAUGAGUACCAUCUGAUUGGCACCUUCACAGAUGGAGACCUGCGACGUACACUCAAGGCUAGUGGUGCAGCGAUAUUCAAUCUGACUGUGGGUGAAAUGUGCAACAGUUUUGAGGACAUAAAAGCCUCAUAACUUUUUGCCGCAUCUUCAACAACUCACCUUUUAAGAUAUUCAGAGAUAAAGCUUGCUAUGGUCCGCAGCUAUUCAUCAACUCUCAGUGGUAAAUCUCCAUGUCAAAUGUAUAUCACCAUCCUCGUGUUGCAGCAUGCUAAUCUUGCCCCUCUGAGGCUCCAUGAUAGCCGGAUCAUUAUAGAUGCAAUCAGGGACUAAUCGCCUGUCAAUAUGGCUUCCGUGUAAUCUUAUGCCCUUCUCCUUUUUUUCGGCAGAAGCCCCAGAACAAUCACUGCCGAUGCAAUGGCGGUGGAAGCUAUGCAGAAAAUGGAGUCCCCACCUUCCGCCGUGCAGUUCUUGCCCGUCGUCGAUGACAGGAACAUCGUGAUUGGGAUCGUCACGCUG